AUGACUUCCCCAGAUUAUGUCUUCUUAGACUUACAAAAGGUGAAGGAGAGAAGAACUUUAUUCACCGAAAUUUUUCCAGAAGAGCAAAAUAUUGAAUUAUUUAAAUUUAACAAAGCUUCAUCAACUAAAGAGAACCUUCUAAAAUUAUCCAAAGAGAUCCUCAUUUCGAACUCCAUUCCUGCAUUUUUGUUCAUUUACAAGCCAAUUUUUCUUGAAAUUUUAUCCCAAUGGAUUUGGAACAUUCCUAAGGAGUAUGCUGUCCAUAUUCUCGAUGCAGCUGCAAGUAUUAUUACCACCUAUCCUUUAUCCAUGUCGUUAAUGGAAGAGUUCUUGGAAAGUGAAAAUGAACACUUUACCACAAUCCUUCAAAAUCCUUCUACACAAUCAGAACAAGAUAUUUCCAAGAUUCUGCUAUCUUACUACCGAUUAUUAUACCACAAUAAAGAAGUUUUCAGCAAGUACAUUAACCCUGAUUUAUUGUAUAAUUUCAUUAAUAGCGAAACCAAUAGUUUUUCAAAUAGUAUAAUCAAAUUCCUUGCCAUCAAAAUUGUUUCAUUAUAUCUAGAUAUGGGUGAACAGGCAACUGUUGAUAUGAUUAGAAUAAAAUGCCCUUCCCAAGAUGAAUUGUUAGGUCAAUAUGAUAACGAUUCCGAGAUCGAUUAUUAUUUUCUAGAUGUAAAUGAAGCCAAGAGAUUUUCAAAUUACUCACGACUACCAGAGGUAGAGGAAUGUUUAGUUCCUGUUCGCAAUGGGAAAUAUUUUAUCAUCAAACCAGACGAUUUAACAGAUAAAGUAGUCUCAAUUUGCGGGAUCUUAGUACCUAGAUUAACUCAGAAUGACUUGAGUAGUGAUGCUUCGCCAUCAUUUGUACCAACUGAAAAAACUAUUGAUACAUUUCGUCAGCUUGCCAAACAAGUUCAGAAAUCAGCUCCAGUCAUGCUGAUAGGUAAGGCUGGUGCCGGUAAGACAUUCAUUAUUAACGAGCUGAGUAAGUACAUGGGAUGUGAAAAAUCUAUAGUAAAAAUUCAUUUAGGGGAACAGACAGACGCAAAGUUACUUAUUGGUACGUAUACAUCCGGUGAUAAACCUGGUACCUUCGAAUGGAGAUCAGGUGUUCUAACUACUGCUGUAAAAGAGGGGAGAUGGGUACUUAUUGAAGAUAUUGAUAAGGCCCCAACAGAGGUUUUAUCCAUUUUAUUGUCGCUAUUGGAAAAACGUGAACUUACAAUUCCAUCGAGAGGUGAAACUAUCAAAGCUGCCAACGGAUUUCAAUUAAUAUCAACAGUGAGAAUUAACAACGAAGAUAAUAGAAAUAUAUCGGAAGGUAACGAUUUUAAUCUAAAUUUAAUUGGUAUGAGAAUUUGGAAUACCGUAUUCAUGGAUGAGAUUAACCCAGACGAUUUAAACAAAAUUUUGUGUAAUAGAUUUCCAGUUCUUUCUCAAUUAGUUCCACGAUUAAUUGUGACAUAUGAUUCUGUGAAGAAAAUAUACGAGAAUCCAAAAUUUAUUUCCCUAAACAGGGGUGCACAUGCAAGAGGUACAUCUACCAGAGAUCUUGUUAAACUUUGCCAAAGACUAGAAGUGUUAUUUAACAGUAACAAUAUUACUAAACCAGAUCAAUUAAUCGAAUCAUCAAUAUAUGACAACAUCUUUUCGGAAGCUGUAGACUGCUUUGCUAGCUCUAUAGGUGAAUUAAAAGCACUGGAGCCUAUCAUACACACUAUUGGUGAGUCUUUGGAAAUUGCAUCUUCAAGAAUUUCAUUAUUUUUAGGUAAACAUAUCCCUGGAUUCGAAGAUUUUGAUGAUCACAUUUGCAUCGGUAGAACACAAUUAGAAAAAUCCAAAUCUGCAUUAAUGAAGAAGUCUGUCAACUCUACAUCGUUUGCAAUGACUAACCAUUCUUUACGUCUUAUGGAACAAAUUGCUGUCUCUGUUAGAAUGACCGAACCAGUACUGCUUGUUGGUGAAACUGGGACUGGGAAAACAACUGUUGUUCAACAACUAUCCAAACGUCUUAAUAAAACCCUGACAGUUAUAAAUGUUUCGCAACAAACAGAAACCGGUGAUCUCUUAGGUGGAUACAAACCUGUUAAUUCAAAGUCAAUUGCUGUCCCAGUUCAAGAGACGUUUGAAAUAUUGUUUGAAAGUACAUUUUCUCUUAAAAAGAAUCUGAAAUUCCACAAGAUGCUGCAUAAAUGCUUCAACAAAAGUCAAUGGAAAAAUGUUGUUAGAUUGUGGAAUGAAGCAUUCAAGAUGGCAGUAAGCAUUUUAAAGCCAGCGGUCACAAAUACCGACAAAGAGGAACCAGUGAAGAAAAAGAAGAAAAGUUUAGAUUCUCAUGAGAAAACUGUACUAUUACAACAAUGGAACGAUUUUAAAGUAGAAGUGGAGAAAUUUGAAGCACAGUCCAGUUCUAUCGAAAGCUCUUUUGUUUUCGACUUCAUCGAGGGUUCUCUUGUGAAGGCAGUCAGAAACGGUGAAUGGCUUUUACUUGAUGAAAUAAAUCUUGCAUCUGCUGACACUUUAGAAAGUAUAUCAGAUCUAUUAGCAGAAGCAACAUCCAGAAGUAUUCUAUUAUCCGAAAAAGGUGACAUUGAACCAGUACAUGCCCACCCGGACUUCCGUUUAUUUGCUUGUAUGAAUCCAGCAACAGAUGUUGGUAAACGUGACUUACCGUCUGGUAUAAGAUCGAAGUUUACAGAAAUUUAUGUACACUCACCAGAUAAUGAUAUCAGAGACCUAUUAUCUAUUAUUGACAAAUACAUUGGAAAAUACAGCUCCAGUGAUGAGUGGAUAGGAAAUGAUAUAGCAGAGUUAUAUCUUGAGGCAAAGAAACUAUCUGAAAAUAAUAGGGUUGUCGACGGUUCAAAUCAAAAGCCACAUUUUAGUAUUCGUACACUAACAAGAACUCUAUUAUAUGUGCGUGAUAUCAUCCACAUCUACGGUUUACGUCGUUCGUUAUAUGAUGGGUUUUGUAUGAGUUUUCUUACACUUUUAGAUCAGAAAUCUGCUAAAAUACUAGAACCAAUCAUUGAAAAGCAUCUUCUUGGGAGAGUUAAAAAUGUAAAGUCUAUUCUAAGAAAGGUACCACCAGCUCCAGGAUCUGAUUACAUUAAAUUUAAUUACUAUUGGAUGAAGAAAGGUAACGAAGAAAUCAAAGAACAAGCUCAUUAUAUUAUCACCCCAUUUGUUGAAAAAAAUAUGAUGAAUCUGGUAAGAGCAACGUCCAGUAGAAGAUUCCCAAUUUUGGUACAAGGACCAACAUCCUCAGGUAAAACAAGUAUGAUCAAAUAUUUAGCGGAUAUUACUGGUCACAAAUUUGUGCGUAUCAACAAUCAUGAACAUACAGAUCUUCAAGAGUACCUUGGUACAUAUAUUGCCGAUGAUAGUGGCAAACUAGCAUUUAGGGAAGGUGUAUUGGUGGAGGCUUUGAGAAAUGGUUAUUGGAUUGUUUUGGAUGAAUUAAAUCUUGCUCCAACUGAUGUCCUUGAGGCACUUAAUAGACUUUUAGAUGAUAACAGAGAACUUUUCAUUCCAGAGACACAAGAAGUUAUCCACCCACACCCUGAUUUUAUGCUUUUUGCCACCCAAAACCCUCCAGGCGUAUACGGUGGCCGUAAAGUACUCUCCAGAGCUUUUAGAAACAGAUUUUUAGAGUUACAUUUCGAUGAUAUUCCUCAAGAUGAGUUGGAAAUUAUUUUACGCGAAAGAUGUCGAAUUGCCCCAUCAUAUGCUAAAAAGAUUGUCGAAGUUUACCGCCAACUGUCUAUAGAAAGAUCUGCAUCUAGAUUAUUCGAACAAAAGAACAGUUUUGCAACAUUACGUGAUUUGUUUCGCUGGGCCUUAAGAGAAGCUGUCGGUUAUGAACAAUUGGCUGCGAAUGGGUACAUGUUACUUGCAGAACGUUGUAGAACACCUCAAGAAAAGGUGGUGAUACAAAAUAUUCUAAUGAAAGUAAUGAAGGUUAAACUUGAUAUGAAUACUUAUUAUGAGAGUUUAGAGAACAAAAGUCUAGAAAAUGAGAAUACAAUUGUUUGGACAGGUGCUAUGCGCCGUCUAGCUGUUUUAGUUUCAACUUGUCUAAAGAAUAAUGAACCAAUAUUACUUGUCGGUGAAACAGGUUGUGGUAAGACCACUAUCUGUCAAAUACUUGCUUCGUAUUUGAAGAAGAACUUAAUUACUUUGAAUGCACAUCAAAAUACAGAGACAGGUGAUAUACUUGGUGCCCAAAGGCCAGUGCGUAAUCGUUCGGAAUUACAGGGGAAACUCCUUGGCCAAUUACAAAAUGUUUUGAAUUCUGAUAUAGAUGAUAUCGAUCAGUUGCUAAAGUUGUAUAAUAGUUUUGAUAAAUCUACCCUAAGCAGUGAAACAAAGGAUAACAUUUCCAAACUUCGUGAUAGAUUAAGAAUUUUAUUUGAAUGGAGUGAUGGACCUUUAAUCCACGCAAUGAAAACUGGUAAUUUCUUUUUAUUAGAUGAAAUUUCACUAGCUGACGAUUCCGUACUAGAAAGAUUAAACAGUGUUUUAGAACCAGAAAGAAGUAUUUUACUAGCCGAAAAAGGUGUCACUGAUAAUUUUGUUACUGCCACAGAAGGUUUCCAAUUUUUCGCUACUAUGAACCCAGGUGGUGACUAUGGGAAGAAAGAGUUAUCGCCAGCCUUAAGAAAUCGUUUCACUGAAAUAUGGGUUCCUUCUAUGGAGAAUUUCGAUGAUGUCAAUCUGAUAGUUUCAUCCAGAUUACUAUCUGGAAUUAGUAAUAUUGCCUCUGCUAUAACUGAUUUCUCUGAAUGGUUUGGUAAGAAGUUCGGUGGUGGUAAUGCAACAAAUGGUAUAAUUUCCUUACGUGAUAUUUUAGCAUGGGUUGAAUUCAUUAACAGUACCCACGAGGAAAUCCAGGAUCCAUAUUUAUUAUUAGUACAAGGUGCCAUGAUGGUCUUCAUCGAUGCAUUGGGUACGAACAAUACAGCAUAUUUGGCUGAAUCAGAGGAAACACUUAACCAAUUGAAAUCACAUUGUUUAGAUGCUCUUUCUAAAUUUGCCAAAAAGCCUUUGGCUGACUACGUUAAAAAUGUUUCUGAUGUCAAUAUCUCUAAUGAAAUUUUGAGUGUUGGACCAUUUUCGAUAAACAGGAAUAGUACAAUUCAAGAAACUCCAUCUUUUAAUUUAUCAGCACCAACGACAAAAAUGAACUUAAUGAGGGUUAUUAGAGCCCUCCAGGUGAAGAAACCCAUUCUUCUAGAAGGUAGUCCUGGUGUUGGGAAAACAAGUCUUAUUACUGCUUUAGCUUCCAUAACAGAUAACAAAUUGACCCGUAUCAAUUUAUCUGAACAAACAGAUCUGGUUGAUUUAUUUGGUUCAGAUACACCGGGUGAGAGAAGCGGAGAGUUUGUCUGGCGUGACGCACCAUUUUUACGAGCUAUGCAAAAAGGUGAAUGGGUUCUUCUUGAUGAAAUGAACUUGGCUUCACAAUCUGUUUUAGAAGGUUUGAAUGCAUGUCUUGACCAUCGUGGUGAGGCCUAUAUUCCUGAACUGGAUAGAUCUUUUACUCGUCACCCUAAUUUCAUUGUUUUUGCAGCUCAAAAUCCACAGUAUCAAGGUGGUGGAAGAAAGGGGUUACCGAAAUCCUUUGUAAACCGUUUUAGUGUUGUUUAUGUUGACCUAUUGAAGACAGAUGAUUUGACAUUGAUUGCAAAUUACUUAUAUCCAACGAUCGAGAAAGAGACGAUUUUGGGACUAAUUAAUGUCAUGUCUACAUUAGAGCAAGAUGUUAGCAAGGAUAGAAAAUGGGCAACGUUAGGAUCACCAUGGGAAUUUAACUUAAGAGAUGCUUUAAGAUGGCUGAAACUUUUAAGCAAAGAAUCUAUAUCUGGUGAACGAGAAGUGUUUGACUUCGUCAAUACUAUUGUUGUACAGAGAUUCCGUACAGCCUCUGAUAAAGAAAAUGCACAGCAAUUAAUUGAGUCAAUUUUUGGUACUCACAAACAACCUGAAAAUUUCUUCAGAAUUACAAGAGAAUAUAUCCAAAUGAAUAACGAGGUCGCUGUCAGAAAUGAUGUCUUCUGCAAUCCUAUAAGUCAACAUUUAAAUGCAUUGCAAUGUAAUAUAGAAAUUUAUGAAACAGUCCUUCGUUGUAUCAACAGAAAUUGGCCUUUAAUAAUGGUUGGUCCAACUAAUUCAGGUAAAACCGACGUUAUUAGGUACAUUGCAGGUAUUGUAGGUGCUGAUUUACACGUUUUCUCUAUGAAUAGCGACGUCGAUAGCAUGGAUAUAUUAGGUGGUUACGAACAAGUAGAUUUAGUGAGGAAAAUAUCAUACAUUACUAGUGAUCUGAAAACCGUUUUAAGAAAACUUCUGUGUGUUAAUUUGAGAUUAGGAAAUGAAAAUAAAAGUGCAUCCAUAAUUGGUUUAAAAUUGUUAAAGUAUAUCUCAAGUACUACCAUUACUGUUCCUAUGUUUGCAGAUUUCAAAAGUAAGUUUAAGACAUUAUAUUCGUUCAUUCAAAAUGAUACAGAAUUUGAUAAUUUAGAUCAAAGAAUGAAUAAUCUGUCAGAAAUAAUUGAUAAAGAGAGCGCUGUAAAAUUUGAAUGGUUUGAUGGUAUGUUAGUGCGUGCCGUUGAACAAGGUCAUUGGUUAGUAUUAGACAAUGCCAAUUUAUGUUCACCAUCUGUCCUGGAUAGAUUGAAUUCGCUACUAGAAACAGAUGGAUCAUUGUUAAUAAAUGAGUGUAGUCAAGCAAAUGGUGAACCUAGGGUCUUAAAACCUCACAGAAAUUUUAGGUUAUUUAUAACAAUGAACCCUAAAUAUGGUGAAUUAUCUAGAGCAAUGAGGAAUAGAGGGAUUGAGAUCUAUAUCGAUGACUUAAAAGACCGUGCUACCUUAUUCGACAAUGAAAUAUUAUUAGAUUCCCGAACGGAAAGUGCGAAUAAAGGGGUCCAUUUUAAGAAAGAAGGUGAUGUAACAAACGACUUUAAUAUUUUAUCAAUUAGUAAUAACUCUAGGCCACAUCCAUUAAUUAAAUUUAUGCCUACUUAUUCUGCUGAUCUUAGCGUAUUUGCAGUAUUAGAUGAUAUUAUAUGCUCAAAUCAAGGAAAGAUGAAUAGUGACAUUUUAACAAGUGUUAUCCCACUUGAUAAGGUUGAUGAAAUCAAGAGGUGGUCCAGAAAUGUCCAACACAAUCACUCAUUCAGCACUUCCAUCGAUCACGAGAUAGUUGCUGAUUACAUUUACUUCUUAGAAAAUAAAAAUGUCCUUUCGAGAAUCAACAGAAUCCAAUUGGAAGAGGACUCAAAAAUCGGAAAUAUAUUAAAUUUACCAGAAGUGAUCAUUACUCCGCAAUAUAUUAAUCCAAUUUUAAAUGUAUUUACCUUACCUAUUUUGAAAAAAAUCCUUCCAAAUGUAGAUUCUUCGGAGUCCAUUUAUUUGUUCACAUGUUUUGCAAUGCUACUGACGUUGUCCAGACAGUUGCAGACUGCUGAUGCCAGAUCUAAGAAUUCAAAGAUAGACGAACUGAAUUAUCUUGAAUUAUCUGCCGCUAUAUUUAAUGGACGUCAUGUUCGAAAUGGUCCUCAAAUUCCAUUAUUUGCCUUAUUAGUGAAUAUUAUCAACUUCGUGACAAAAUUCCUUACGGAGGGAUCACUAUUUGAAAAUUCUCAUGCCUACAAACAAUUCACGAAAUUAUUAUUAUUGGUUGAAUCUACAAUACAAUCUGCCCAGAAUAAAGAUGAGGCACGUCUGAGAGUAUACCAAGAGUUGUUGGAAAAAUGGUCAGAAGAAGCAAGCUCAGAAGGUAUAGAGGUCGAAGAAUUUACUAGUAUUUGCUCCAGUGUCAAGGAAAGCUUAAGUUUGACUAGUGGUCAAUCUAUCGUAGAACUUUGGGAAGCAUUUAGAAGGGUUUAUCCAUCAACACUUGUAAGCUGGAAAUUAUGGGAUGAAUUAUGUGUACUGGGCACACAUUUUGACAAAGUCAAAUCUGAGCAGUUUAACGAAUCCUAUGAAUCUAUUCGUGAUUUAACAAAAAUGAUAUCCUUAAUAUCCCAAGAAAUUAUUAAUAAUGACGAAUCCGUAGUCAAAGGACUUUUAAUGAAAUUUGAAGACGGUAUCCAAGGACUGGAAGACAUUUCCUCAAAAUUUUUGCUGCGCAGAAAGCACUUUUUUAAGGAAGAAUUUGAUAGUCUCUCAAGAUUGCUAAUCAGUAGAAGUGACAGAAACAAGGAUAUAAUAUUUGAGAUAGCUCCAUUUACAACAUUUACAACUGAAAAAUUAAUUAAAUUUGAUAAUGACAACUAUUCUUAUCCUCCUGUAUUUGAUUAUCUUUGGAAAUCAGAGAAUGGGAUUUACAAAUCGUUUACUGAUUCCAUAUUUUCAUCGAAAUACUUUGAAAAUAUUGUUUUAAAAAGUAAUCAAUUUACAAGUUUUGCUGGUAGCCAAAUAAAACAAACAAUCGUUGAUGCCAAAAAGUUAUUGUCUUCGACGAUCAGAACAUCGAAUUUGCUUCUGGAAAAUUCCACUGAAGAAUAUUCAAAGUUAUUAGUAUGCUGGAUGGAUCAAAUCGUUUUUACACAUACCAAUUCCAAUCUGUCGAUAAUUGAUAGAGAUAUGUGGGAGCAAUAUGUUAUAACAGAAUCCAGUGAAGCAUUCAGAGAAACAUUUAAAGAAUUUAUUCAACCGGCAUAUCUGUUGAGCCAAAGGGGGAUUUCAGAAUUAGGUACAGCAUAUGUUCUCUUCGGUAUCGCUUUGAUCCAGUUAUUUACUCCUAAUAGGCCGGUCGAUCCAGCUAUCAAUGACUACGUCCAUUACCAGUUAUUUUCAAAGCAUAAAGAAUUCUCAGAAAGUAUGCUAAAUAGCUGGUCAACUAUUCGUACAGUUAUUAGCGGUGAUGAGAAAAUAUAUGCGGAAGACCUUUCUGAUGUCGUUACUGAUGAUGAUGCUCCGAAGAAACCAAAGGUAUAUCGUCCAACAACACCAAUUGAUAAUUUAUUCGAUGAAUGGUUAAAUUUUGUGGAAUCCAAUGUGUCUUCUGAACAAGCUAACCAACUUUUAACGACAAUUGAUAAUAAUGAAAAAUAUUCUUCCGAUAGAUUAGAGUUAUUCCAACAAAACACAUCAAAUUUCAUGAAACGUCUAGAUACAGGGUAUACGUAUUUUUCUGACUUAAAUGAAAUAUUUUCUGGUUAUAUAAUGAGUAUGAAAUUUGGGUUUGACAUUCUUAGAUAUUCUGAGAUUGAGAAAAAGAAAACAUUGUCAUUAUCCGCUCUAUGGCCUAUAGAUGUCUUGGAGUUAUAUAAUACUAAAAAAAUCAAGAACUCAUAUGGAAUAGUAAGCAAACUAAUUAAUGGAUGGACGUUAGAAAAUACAAACAAUGAAAAAGUUUUAGUCUUCUUUUUACGUUUGAUAAAAUUACAUAAUAUGGAUGACAAUUUACUACCAGUUUUUAAUGAAAUUUUGCAAUCACUUUACUAUAGGUGGUCUUUGAAACGUAUUAGAGAAGAACAGAAACAACAAGAAGAAGCUAGUCUAUUCAAGUACGAUGAUACAGAAGAAGACAUCGAAACAGCGAUUAAGAAAAUGUUCCCAGAUUAUGAAGACGUCCUAGAUACUGAUAUCAAUAGUUCAAAGAAAUCUAACGAAGAUUUUGAAGAAAUUCACUAUACGAUUGCUAAGUUAUACAUUUCAAUAUUUAAUGCCGAUGAACAAGAAAUAAUGAAAGAUAUGAUUGAAAAAGGUUCAUCUGUAGUUGAUAUUAUGAUCCAAGAGUCAACAAAACUUCAAAAUAACAUGUUAAAUGGUAACCAGUUUGUAGGUGUCAUGACUUCCUUAAGUGAUAAAAUCCAUAUGUUUGAAAGUUCAGAUGAUAACAAAUCAAUUAAUUUCUACGAAGAAUCAUCUAUAUCCGAAUCCCAACGGGCUGUCACACUUGUAACUAGCCUAUGGUUAUACGUUAAUACAUUAUUAGCUCAAUGGCCCGAUCAUGCUACACUAAUCGAGCUUACCCGUAUGUGCAAAGAAUUUUUGGAAAAUCCUACAGAUACACCAAUGGCUAAACAAUUACACAAAAUUGAACAGAUUUACACUGUUACUAUUGAGUGGGAAAAAUAUGCCGCUUCAAAGGUAUCAUUGAACGAAUAUAUUACGAAAAUUACAUCAUUAAUUGUCUCAUGGAGAAAAUCUGAGUUACGUACUUGGAACGAGUUGUUUAACACUGAAAAUGAAAAAAUACGUAAGAGUAUUGGUAAAUGGUGGUUUUAUUUAUUCGAGACAAUCAUCGUUUCUAACACAAACGAAAAUAAUGAGACUGAUUCUGAUAAAAAUUUGAUGGGAUUAACCAUAUCGUUGAAUACUUUCUUUAGUAAAAGUACAUUAGGGGAAUAUAGUGAUAGAUUAAGACUGGUAUCAUCCUUUAAGAAGCAUGCAGAAAUACUUGGUCUAUCACCUGCCCUUUCCAACGCGCUGGCCAACAUUAUAUCAUUUUACGAGCAAUUUGAAGAUACUUUACUUCAACAACUUCAAAAAGGUAAAAAGUUACUAGAAAAAGACAUGAAUGAGGUUAUUCUACUUGCUAGUUGGAAGGAUGUAAACGUUGAUGCGUUAAAACAAAGUUCACGCCGUUCUCAUAACAGUCUAUUCAAAAUUGUGAAAAAAUAUAGAACUAUACUUUCUACAAAUGUAUUAUCUCUGAUUGAAACUGGUUUACCAUAUGCCCCAAAUAUGGCGCUUUCUUUAUGUCACAUCCAAAAUACCAGUUCAAUGUACGAAGGAAAUGAUGAGAGUACCAAACAAAUAUUGUUGAACAUUCCAGGUUGGAAUACAAGGUCCAAGAUAUUACAAAACACAGGGGUUGUCAGUACAAACAUGGAAAAAUAUGUUUCAACAGUGUCUGCUCAAACAUUCCCUGAUUUUGUUGAAUUUGUUAAAGAUUACGCUAGAGAGGCAGAUCGUUUACGUGACGAGACACCCAAUGUCUAUAAGAAGGAAAUCAAAAAAUUAUUAGCCACCUUAAAAACCCAAAAGAGUAAGUUAUUUAGUGAUGCUCUAAAGGAAUUAAGAAGAAGUGGCUUAAAGACAAGUUUCAGAAAGGAUAUUCACAAAAUUCAAGGUAACUCUACAAUUAUAUUGGCAAGUUCAGUAGCCUUUGGCAACAACAACUUAAAAAAUUCUGAUACAUACUAUUUUAGAAUUAUUGACAUCUUACCACGUCUAAGAAGCGCAGCAGCUUCACCUGCUGAUGAUGUUCCAAUUGCAGGAAUAGAAAAGGGUAUGGCAGUCAUUGAAAAUUUAAUGUUUUCUUUAAUAACUACUAGGCGAUCAAUCGAUAAACUUUCAAAUAAUUUUGAAGUCGUAUGCGAUUUACAUCAUACUUUUGAAAGUUACUGUUCAUCUCAAGGUUCAAUUAAUCAAUCUUCUUUAAAAAUUGAUUUAUCUAACAUGCAAUUUUUAGUUUCCAAAUUACCAAUGUUGUUAGACUACUGUAUAAACGCCCUUUUAAUCGUCGAUGAAACUAUGAGCACAGAACAUGAUAGAAUCUUUUUAAACAGUUCAAAAAUUAAAUUAAGCUCUUUCCAAGAGAGACUAAAAAAGGUUAUUGUCUCUGACUCAUUGACUUCCCAGAUGGUAUCUGAGUUCAAGAAUUUUAUGGCUAACUUCAUUAAACAAAUAAAUGAUAAUAAGACAGAAUUUAAUUUCUUCAUUUAUGAUGUUUUAUUGAAUUGGAUUAACACCAACAACCGUCCACACAUUACUGAAGCUAAAUCAUCCAAAUCAACUGACCUUUCAGAAAUCGAUCAAUUACUGCGUAAAUUAUACACUAGUAUUAUCCUAGCAUUCCAAAAGGUGAUGGAGGACGAUUGCAAGCCUAUAACGACUGAGGAUGACUUAUGGUUGUCCACUUCAUCAAGACGCAUAGUUGCCAUAUCGAAAUUGGUUCAUAGUGAUACUAUCAUCAAAAAUAUCAAAAAGAUUGAAGCACUUCUUAAGACAAGAGAUUUUUCAAUUGCUGACUCGCAAUUAAUUCGUGCUAUGCUAAUGUUUACUAUGCCUGUCGUUACACGUUACAGACAAUUAAUAGAAACAGCUUUCAAGAAAACAAGAUCAUACUACGUCAAUUUAAGUCAAGGGUCUUACAUCCUAUCCAAUAUUCUAUUUAACUUGGCUAAAAAUGGAUUCUGUUCUCCUGAACCACCUUCAGAAGAAGUUGAAGAUAACAAUCUACAUGAUGGUACAGGACUAGGUGAUGGCGAAGGUGCUCAAAAUAACUCUAAUGACGUAGAGGAAGAUGAAGACUUGUCUGAAAAUGCCCAACAAGAUAAUCAAGAUCAAAAAGAUAAAGAUGAAAGAGAUGACGAUGAAAAUGACGAUGCAGUUGAGAUGGAAGGUGAUAUGGCUGGCCAAAUGGAAGAUUUAUCUGAUCAAGAACAAAACGAUGAAGAUCAAGAGAUGGAAGAAGAAGAUGAAGAGCUGGAUGAAGAAAUCGACAAUCUCGACGAAGAUGAUCCAAAUGCAAUUGAUGAUAAGAUGUGGGAUGAAAAACCAGAUGACAAUAGCAAAGAAAAAAAUUCUGAUAAAACCAUAGAUAAUGCUGACGACAAUAAUGAUGUUCAAGCUAAUGAAGAAAACGACAAUGAAUCUAAUGAAAAUCCAGAAAAUGCUAAUGAACAAGAGGGUCAACAAGAUGAACAAAAAUCCGAUGAAACUAAUGAAGACAACAAUAAAUUAGAAAAUGACUCAGAUGCCAAUUCAGAUUCUGAAGGUGAAGAUGUCGGCGAACAAGAUGAUGAAGUGAAAAAUGAAGAAGGUCAAAAUCUUGAUGAAAAUGUUCCUGAAGUUGAAACAAUGGAUCUACCUGAGGAUAUGAAUUUGGAUUCUGGAGAUGAGAAUGGUGAAGAAUCCGAAGAUGAAAAUAUGAAAGACGAAUUCCCUGAGGAACAAGAUGACGAUGAAGAUAUUGAUAUGGAGAAUGAUAAGAUAGAACCAGAGAUACAGGAGACUGAGAUUGACGAAGCCGAAAACAGUGAAGAGCAAGAGGUUGAAGAAACUAUGGAUACAGUUGACAUCGAUGAAACACCGCUACCUGAAGGAACUAAUGAUAACAUAGAUGAAUCUGAAAGUCAAGAAGAAGCAGAAGAAGAAGAAGCUGUUUCAGAUGAAGAGGAAUUAAAUAACGAACAAGGUGCUCCUGAUGAAAAUGAAAAAGAUCAAGAAGAAAAACAAGAACAAGAAGAGGGUAGCAAUAAUGAUAUUGAUGGUUUGAAUGGUAUCGACAUGCAAUCUGAUGAAGAAAAUAUUAAUAAUGAUGCCGCUGUAAAUGAGCAAUCUGGUGCUAAGGGUACUGGAUCCGAUUCUAAGGAUACUGAAGAACAAGAUGAUGUAGGCAACUUUGGUACCACUCAAAAUUCUCAUGAAGAACAAGAAGAUCAAAAAGAAUCUACUGAUGCCUCAAGAGAAGAAGCUAAAGAAAGUUUGAAACAACUAGGUGAUGCUCUAAAGGAAUUCCAUAGACGUAGACAAGACAUCAAUGAGACUAGUGAAAGGGACGAAGAUGAAAAUGAAGAAAAACCAAAGGCCAACGAACGUCCUGAUGAAUUUGAACACGUUGAGGGUGCUAACACUGAAAGUGAUACCCAAGCUUUAGGAUCUGCCACUCAAGAACAGUUACAAUCAAUCAAUGAAGAUAUGGCUAUUGAUGAUGAGUUACCUGAGAAUCAACAUUCUGAUAGUGAAGAUAAUAUCAAGGCAGAAGAUGAAGAUCAUGAUAUGUUACAAGAUGAACUAUUGAAAAAGGAAGAAGAAAACAUCAGUGAUUUAGAAAUGAAUGAAGGUGCUCAACAACAGAAUGAUACAGAUAAUGAAUUAGGCCAACGUAUUUUUACGGAGAAGGAUGACCAGAAUGAACAGGAUGAUGAUAUGUUUAACGAAAAGGAUCUAAUAGAAAGUCAACAAUACAAAGAUGAACUCGAUGAAUUGAUAGAUACAAUCGAUAAUGAAACCAAAUUUGAAAAUAUCGAGGAUACUCCAAAGAGGUCGAUAGAAGAGUCACGUGAAUUGUGGCAAAAGAGUGAAAGAUCUACAAGUGAUCUAGUUUCUAGACUAGGUGAGCAACUAAGAUUGAUCUUAGAGCCUACAUUAGCUACAAAACUAAAAGGUGAUUAUAAGACAGGUAAGAGAUUGAACAUGAAGAGAAUUAUUCCAUACAUUGCAUCUCAAUUCCGUAAGGAUAAGAUCUGGUUAAGAAGAACUAAACCAAGUAAACGUGAAUAUCAAAUCAUGAUUGCAUUGGAUAACUCUAAAUCUAUGAGUGAGUCAAACUGUGUAAAACUUGCCUUUGAAAGUUUGUGCUUAGUCUCAAGAACGUUAACUCAAUUAGAAUCGGGAGGUUUAUCUAUUGUUAAAUUCGGUGAAUCCUCAAAGGAAGUUCAUUCUUUCGAUCAACAAUUCAGUAACGAAACUGGUGCUAAGGUAUUCCAAUGGUUUGAUUUCCAAGAUACAAAGACAGAUGUCAAGAAAUUAGUUGCUGAAUCAUUAAAGAUUUUUGAAAAUGGUCGUGCAAUAACUAAUUCCGAUCAAUGGCAAUUAGAAAUUAUUAUUUCAGACGGUGUUUGUGAGGAUCAUGAAACUAUCGAAAGAUUAGUACGUCGUGCAAGAGAAAAGAAGAUUAUGUUAGUAUUUGUUAUUAUAGAUGGUAUCAGCUCAAAUGAAUCUAUUAUGGAUAUGAGUCAAGUUAAUUACAUCCCAGAUAAGAAUGGUGUACCUCAAUUAAAAAUCACAAAAUACUUGGACAACUUCCCAUUUGAAUUCUAUGUUGUAGUACAUGAGAUUAGUGAAUUACCAGAGAUGUUAGCUCUAAUUUUACGUCAAUAUUUCACAGAUUUGGCAUCAUCAUAG